GGUGUUAGAAAGAAAGCACAUGUUAUUCAAGAACAUAAUGUGACUCCUCACUUAUUGUCACGUGGAGGUUAUCGGAAGCUUGAACAAAUCAUGAUGAUGGAGAAAGAGAAAACACGAUUUGCAUCUUCGUCAUAUGCUUCUAGUCUUGAUCCACCAUCUCCACCUUCAUGUCAUGAGAAGUGGAAGUAG